GGUUCUUCUCAGAGCCACCACUACUCACAACUUGGAUAUUUACAUGGUGUUUUCAGACACUUGAUCAGUACCAAUCGGCUCUUCUUUAUAGCACGAGCCGCCACUACUCCUAUAAGAGAGAUUCAUGCACUGUAUCACCGCAAACUUUACUAAUUUAGUAUUUUCCACCAUGCAUGGUCUUAAAGUUUUGUGUUAUCGACUAUAGUUAACGAGCAUUGUAGUAGUUUAUCAUUCGUAUUAAUUGUAAAGCAUCAAAUACCAUGGUCGAGCGGUUGAGGGUACCAGAAUCAAGCUCUGGUGUUUAAUUGUUCCAACAGAGUGUGGAUUCCAUUUUUUUUUUUUUUUUUUCUUCAUGACUUCAUUGAAGUCAAAAAUUGUCGUGGCUGGGCAGAAACUUUCUAUCAAUCUUGGGUGUUUCUGUUCAACAGAGUGUGGGUUCGCGUUCCGAGAGUUCCCGUUUGUUCCUUGUCUUCAGCAGAAUAAUAUUUUCAUAAUGGGCGAGACAGAAUUCAAAUUGGAGGAGGCCACCACUACAGAGAUCCACGGUGAACGGAAGGGUGGCAUGUACUGCACCGUCUCUAGGAUAGUGCUGUCUCUUCUAACCGUUACCGUACUUAUCGCUGCCACGGCUGUGCUGGUGUACUACCUCCCGACCCGCCCUGUCGACCAGGUUGCCACAAAACCGUCUAUAGUGAAUUACCCAACGGCUGCUGAUGAUAUUACUCCAACAGGUAGGCUUACUACUUCUGCGGAAUCACCCGGCAACACCACCACCGAUCUUACCACCACCGCACAACAACCUCAACCCACGGGUGCCCCCGUCACCUUAGCCCCACCGGACGAUAUAAUGAAGGGCCGGCUACCCAAGACGGUCCUACCGAGGCGCUACGAGCUCACCCUCCGCCCGUUCCUGUACGACGAUGACGUCCCGGACUCAAAGCUCGGUGAGAGAUUCACUUUUGACGGCUGGGUCCGGAUAAAAGUGGAGUGCAUGGAAGCAACGGAUGAGAUCACACUACAUUCCAAGAAUAUCACCAUACACGGUAAGCCGACUGUCCAUAGCGUCAGUACACUGGAUAAGACUGAUAUCUUUGAGAGUUAUAAAAUGAUUGAAGAGCACUCUUUCUUGGUUCUCAAGUUGAAAGAGAUGCUUCGACCUCAUGAAGAGUAUGACAUCUACAUCAGAUACUCCGGUAUUAUGGCUACUGACACACUUCAUGGUUUCUACCCGAGCAAGUACAUCACAUCACAGAACGAAACAAGUAGAUACAUCGCAACUACCCAGAUGGAAGGACCUUACGCCCGCCGCGUCCUUCCUUGCUUCGACGAGCCUUCGUUCAAGGCAUCCUACGACGUACAACUAGAACAUCGUACGGACAUGAGCGCCUUAUCUAAUGGCAUUGAUAUACGACGUAUACAGUUGGACAGCCAUUGGUCUAGGACUUACUUCAAGAGGGUGCCUUCAAUGCCGACGUAUCUUCUAGCAUUUAUAGUACACGACUUUUCGUCCAUCAAUGUCACGAACGCAAACGGAUGUUUGAUUCGCAUUUGGUGCGAGACCGAAAAAACUGACUAUGCUUCGUACGCCCUCAAUGUCUCAGAAUCAAUCCAGACGUAUUUUGAUGACUACUUGGACAAUGAGUUCCCAUUGGAUAAACAAGAUCACAUCGCCAUACAGGAGUUUUUUUACGGAGCAAUGGAGAACUGGGGCCUAAUCACGUACAGGGAUAUAACGCUACUCUACGACGAGGCUAUGAAUGGAGGCGGCAGAUACGUCGCAUCAAUUAUAACCCACGAGCUCGCUCAUAUGUGGUUUGGAAAUCUUGUCACCAUGGACUGGUGGAACGACCUCUGGCUGAAUGAAGGUUUCGCUACGUAUAUGCAGCAUAUCGGCAUCGAUCUUGUGUUACCGGAGUUAAAAAUUUUCCAACAGUUUUACGCGAAUCGAGUCUCGAUCGCUUUAUACGUGGAUGGUACCGGUGUAUACCCUUCCCUCAGGGAGCCGGUCUAUGCGACGGAAGACGACAUAGAAGGACAAUUUAACACAAUUACAUAUGGAAAGGGAGGAUCUAUCCUGUGGAUGCUUGAGCAUUUCUUGACUCUGGAUGUCUUCAACCAAGGAAUACGAAACUACCUCAAGGAGCGGGCAUACAAGAAUGCCAAUGCGGAACAUCUUUGGGAAGAACUUACCUACGCGGAUAAAGACGUCGGGAAACACGACUUGAAGAGAAUCAUGGAUACGUGGACCCUACAGCCAGGCUAUCCUCUGAUCACUCUGACAAGAACCGGACAAGAUAUUGUGGCCACACAAAAAAGAUUCAUGUUUAACUUCAAGGCCAACAGAUCGACAGAAUUUGACGAUCUCGGGCACCGUUGGUACGUUCCGCUGACGUACGUGUAUAGAUCCGGACCGUCGGAUCAGUUUGACAAACCGGAACAGGUAUGGAUGGAACCAGCGGACCAGUACUCUUAUAUCAAAUUACCGGACGAGGCUGCCUCUGAUGACUGGUACCUUGCCAACGCCAAGAUGGUUGGUUUCUAUCGGGUCAAUUACGAAGACGACAACUGGCAACGUCUCCUGGACCAAGCCGCUGUCGAUCCAAGCGCUUUCCCAGAUGAGACUAAGGUUGGACUGAUCGACCUAACCAAUUACUUUUCGAGAGCUGAAGUCAUUCCUAGAUACAUAUAUCAAAACUUCUCCACAUAUUUUGGACCGUCUUCCCACUCAACUCGCAGGGCUGUGGUAGCAACAUCCUCGUACUUCGCCAAGAUGCUGCUGAGCAAUGACACGGGUCGAUCCCAACCAGCCUCCUCAUCCUCCCCAGUACAGAACUAUAUGCAGCAGUUGAUAGAGCCAUUGUAUGCUGAGUCGGGUUGGGAUGACACCUUUACACCAGAAAUUCAAAGUGUUCCCUUCCCUAACAGACAACGAAGAAAUAAACACCAAUUUGAUGUGACGUCUGCCGCUUGUUUCCAUGGCACUAUCCACUGCGUUGACAAAGCAUCAUCAUUAAUGAAAGCACACAUGGACGAGGAAAAGCCUAUCACAGUCUCCCCGAACCUCAGGUCAGUCGUUUAUUGUAAUGGUAUUCGUUUCGGUGGCCGACCGGAGUGGAACUAUGGAAUGGAAAUGAUGCAGACGACAACUGACCGACAAGAGAGGGCGCGAUGGAUGAGCGCCCUCACUUGUUCAAGGGACACUUCACUUUUGAAAAGUUAUUUGCAGACGGUGCUUGAGCAAGGCCUCGGCCUAAACCUACAUCGUGGCGAGGCUGCGCUUAUCCUAAUAGGCGUGGCCGAGAAUCCAGCUGGUUACCAAGUAGCCUGGGACUUCAUCCGCAGUAACUGGGAAGAGACUUACGAGCUGUUGAAAGGAAAUCGUGAGAUUUCAAUAUCCGAUGUUUUUGGAGAAGUAACGUCUUUUUUCAACACACAGGAGGAGCUGCAAGAGUUGUUGGACUUUGGGUCGAGUCACCGCCUCGGUGUGCUGAAGUACGCGUACCAAGCGGCCAUUAUAGAGACGGAGGUUAACAUACGAUGGAUGGACAACAGUGCGCAGCAAACAGACCAAUGGAUCGCGUCAAUUGUUGACAUGUAUAUAUGUUGGCAAAUGAGAAUGACGCAGGGCCAUUUCGACCUCGAAGUGGCGGGCUCUUCGGACCGAGCGUCGGGUAGUCAGAAAAGCGGUGUCUACUGCAGCAAUGGGGGAAUAUUCUUCGCUAUAUUGACGGUCUGUGUGCUCAUCGCUGCAACAGCGCUUCUUGUCUUCUACCUUCCGGACCGUACCGUCAAGCAAGUCGUUACCGUAACCCCAUUCACCAAGGACCCUGUACCGACUAUAGCACCGACUGCAACGUUGUCUCAGCCACCCUGGACACCGGUAACUCGCCCCCCUCCUUCGGAGCUGAUGGAAGGCCGGCUACCCACGUCGGUCCUACCGAGACGCUACGAGCUCAACCUCCGCCCGUUCCUGUACGACGAUGACGUUCCAGACUCAAAGCUCGGUGAGAGAUUCACUUUUGACGGCUGGGUCCGGAUAAAAGUGGAGUGCAUUAAAGCAACGGACGAGAUCACACUACACUCCAAAAAUAUAACCAUUCAUGGAAUGCCGACUGUCCAGAGCGUCUCGGAUAAGACUGACAUCUUUGAGAGUUAUAAGAAGAUCGAGGAGUACUCUUUCUUGGUUCUCAAGUUGAAAGAGAUGCUUCGACCUCAUGAAGACUACGACAUCUACAUGACGUACUCUGGUAUCAUGGCUAAUGACACAUUCGGUUUCUACCCAAGCAAGUACAUCACGUCACAAAACGAAACAAGAUACAUCGCAACCAGUCAGAUGUCCUUCACGUAUGCCCGCCGCGUCCUUCCUUGCUUCGACGAGCCUACGUUCAAGGCAUCUUACGACGUACAACUAGAACAUCGUACGGACAUGAGCGCCUUAUCUAAUGGCAUUGAUAUACGACGUAUACAGUUGGACAGCCAUUGGUCUAGGACUUACUUCAAGAGGGUGCACUCAUUGUCGACGUACAUUCUGGCAGUUGUGGUACAUGAUUACUCGGCCAUCAACAUCACAAAUGCACAUGGAUGCUUGAUUCGUGUUUGGUGCGAGACUGAACUGAUUGACUAUGCUCCGUACUCCCUUAACGUCUCGGAUAAGGUGCAGACAUUCUUUGAUGACUAUUUGGACUUCGAAUUCCCAUUGGAUAAACAAGAUCAUAUAGCAGUCCAAGAGUUUAUAGCAGGAGCCAUGGAGAACUGGGGUCUGUUCGUGUAUCAGGAUUUUUACUUUCUGAAUGGAUACAAAGGGUCUUACCCCACACUAUAUCCACAGAUAGUCAUACACGAAACCGCUCAUUCGUGGUUUGGUAAUUUAGUAACGAUGGAGUGGUGGGACGACCUAUGGUUAGCCGAAGGCUUUGCAACCUACAUGGAGCAUAUUGGCCUCAACCUUGUACACCCGGAGUUCAAAUCGUUUGAAAGCUUUCACUUCGAUGUAGCUAAAAGGGCUUUAAUGUCCGACAGUCUGGGUACUGCACCCGCAAUCAGGGCACCAGUCUACGUCAAGGAUGUGCUGAUCGAACGUUUUAAUUUCCGUAUAGCGUAUCAAAAGGGAGCUUCCGUCCUGUGGAUGCUGGAGCAUUUCUUGACCCUUGAUGUCUUCAACCAAGGAAUACGAAACUACCUCAAGGAGCGGGCCUACAAGAAUGCGAAUGGGGAUCACCUAUGGGAUGAACUAACCUACGCUGACAAAGACGUCGGGAAACACGACGUGAAGAAAAUCAUGGACACGUGGACCCUACAGCCAGGCUACCCUCUGAUCACUCUAACAAGAACCGGACAAGAUAUUGUGGCCACACAGAAAACAUUUUUGCAAAUCACAGACGGCAUUACAAUAGAGGACCCCGGAUACAAGUGGUAUGUUCCGCUGACGUACGUGUAUAGAUCCGGACCGGCGGAUCAGUUUGACAAACCGGAACAGAAAUGGAUGGAACCAACGGAACAAUACACUUAUUUGACUCUACCGAACCGGGCUGCAUCUGAAGACUGGUACCUUGCCAACGCCAAAAUGGUUGGUUACUAUCGAGUCAAUUACGAAGACGACAACUGGCAACGUCUCCUGGACCAAGCCGCCCUUGACCCAGGGGUCUUCGGCGACGAGAACACAGUGGGUUUGAUUACUGAGACGUUCUCUUUGGCGCAAGCCGAAGUCAUCCCCGACUGGAUCCACCAGAACUUCUCGGCGCUUCUAAUAUCGACAUCUAGAAGAGCUCGAAGAGCUGCGGUCUCGACGUCCUCCUACUUCGUGAAGAUGUUGUUGAAAGGUGAACCAAGAUCAGCCACCUCAGACAUCAGGUAUUACAUGCAGAGAAUAGUACAGCCAUUGUAUGACGAGUCUGGAUGGGAUGAAAGCUCAACUUCAGACGCACCAGUAUCAAGACUUGGGAGUGGAUCCGACGGCCAGGUUGAUAUUACUUCUACAGCCUGUCUCUAUGGCAACAUAAAAUGUGUUGUCAAAGCAACCACACUGUUCAAAGGGUUGAUGGAUCAUCCGGAUUCAAACACACUCUCUCCAAACCUGAGGUCAGCUGUUUAUUGUAACGGCAUUCGUUUAGGAGGCCAAUCCCAGUGGGACUUUGGAUGGGACAUGUUGCAGACGACCAAUGACCGACAAGAGAGGGCGCGAUGGGUGAGCGCCCUCACUUGUUCAAGAGAUAGUUCUCGAAUUCAAAGCUACUUGCAGUCGCUGAAGGAUUCUACUCUUUCCAGUCCCGGAGAUGCAGAACAGAUUUUGAUGGGCGUGGCUAAAAACCCAGACAGUUUCGAGGAUGCCUGGGACUUCAUCCGUGAAAACUGGGAGGAGGUUUACACGAUGUUCGGUGGAAAUCGCCUGCCUUCGCUUUCAAGUAUAUUUGAGGAGAUCACAUCUUACUUUAACACUCAAGAGGACCUACAAGAGUUGUUGGACUUCGGGGACAAUCAUCAACUCGAUGGUUUGCAGUACGUCUACGACUCGGCCAUUGUCACGACGAAGGUGAACAUACGGUGGAUGGCACACAGUGCAGAGCAGACCAAGCAAUGGAUGGCCUCGCUCAUUUUAAGGGGCAAUUCGUAUCCUCUGCAAAGGAUCACACGAACAAGUGCGUUUGCUAUCGGGGAUACCAUGGAGCUUACCGUAAGAAAGGACCAAGAGGGACCUGAUCGCAAGGGUGGUUUGUUCUGCACACCAACCCGAAUCGCAUUCUGCGUCCUAUCAGUGUGUGUACUUCUGACAGUGACGGCUCUGAUGGCCUACUUUGUACCCGAUCGGUCCCAAAUCCAGCUACCAUCAGCCGAAGCACCAACGACUGCACCGACGGCUAGGCCAACUGUCGACCCGUCGGAUCUGAUGAAAGGCCGGCUACCCAAGACGGUCCUACCGAGACGCUACGAGCUCAACCUCCGCCCGUUCCUGUACGACGAUGACGUUCCGGACUCAAAGCUCGGUGAGAGAUUCACUUUUGACGGCUGGGUCCGGAUAAAAGUGGAGUGCAUGGAAGCAACGGAUGAGAUCACACUACACUCUAAGAAUAUCACCAUACACGGUAAGCCGACUGUCCAUAGCGUCAGUACACUGGAUAAGACUGAUAUCUUUGAGAGUUAUAAAAUGAUUGAAGAGCACUCUUUCUUGGUUCUCAAGUUGAAAGAGAUGCUUCGACCUCAUGAAGACUACGACAUCUACAUGACAUACUCCGGUACACUACGGACUGAAUACACCAAUGGUUUCUAUGUGAGCAAGUACAUCACUUCACAGAACAUAACAAGAUAUAUCGCUACUACCCAGAUGGCAGGCCCUCGUGCCCGCCGCGUCCUUCCUUGCUUCGACGAGCCUUCGUUCAAGGCAUCUUACGACGUACAACUAGAACAUCGUACGGACAUGAGCGCCUUAUCUAAUGGCAUUGAUAUACGACGUAUACAGUUGGACAGCCAUUGGUCUAGGACUUACUUCAAGAGGGUGCCUUCAAUGCCGACGUAUCUUCUUGCAUUUGUAGUACACGACUUUUCGUCCAUCAAUGUCACGAACGCACACGGGUGUUUGAUUCGCAUUUGGUGCGAGACCGAACUGAUCCACCUUGCUCCGUACGCCCUCAACGUCUCAGAUUUAGUUCAGGUAUACUUCGAUGACUACUUGGAUUACGAGUUCCCGUUUGACAAACUAGAUCAUAUAGCUAUACAGGAUUUCGAGGCCGGUGCCAUGGAGAACUGGGGUCUCAUCAUCUACAAGGACAAAUACCUUCUUAACGGCCUGGAAGACUUCGGUGAUAGCACAUUCUUCUCAAAGAUAAUCACACACGAACUAGCUCACAUGUGGUUCGGCAAUUUAGUCACACUAGAAUGGUGGAAUGACGUGUGGCUGAAUGAAGGCUUUGCUACCUACAUGGAACAUAUUGGCCAGGAUAGAGUACAUCCCGAGUUCGGAAAGUUUGAGUCAUUCUACGUUGAUAUAAUGGAUCGCGCACUUUACGUCGACAGUCUUGGUACUUUUAAAGCUAUCAGGGCACCAAUCUACGCCAAUGAUGACGACAUCAAUGGGAUAUUCACGGCAAUACCCUACAACAAGGGUGGAUCUAUUCUGUGGAUGGUGGAGCAUUUCUUGACCCUUGAUGUCUUCAAUCAAGGAAUACGAAACUACCUCAAGGAGCGGGCCUACAAGAAUGCCAAUUCAGAAGACCUAUGGGAGGAACUGACCUAUGCGGAUAAAGACGUCGGGAAACACGACGUAAAGCGAAUCAUGGACACGUGGACCCUACAGCCAGGCUACCCUCUGAUCACUCUGACAAGAGACGGACAAGAUGUAGUGGCCACACAGAAAAGAUUCUUACAAAUCACAGACGGCGAAACAACGGGAGACUCUGGGUACCUUUGGUAUGUUCCGCUGACGUACGUUUACAAAUCCGGACCGUCAGAUCAGUUUGAUCAACCGGAACAAGUGUGGAUGGAACCAAAGGAGUACACGUAUUUUACUCUACCGGACGAAGCUGCCUCUGAUGACUGGUACCUUGCCAACGCCAAGAUGGUUGGUCUCUAUCGAGUCAAUUACGAAGACGACAACUGGCAACGUCUCCUGGACCAAGCCGCAAAGGAUCCGGAUGUAAAUAAUAAUUUCUCUUCGUCGAACAAAAUCGGUCUGAUCUAUGACACUUUCAACUUGGCGAAAGCCGAAGUCAUCCCAAACUACAUCCAUCAAAACUUCUCUACUUAUCUUGGACUGUCUUCCCCCUCGACUCGCAGGGCAGUGGUAAAAACAUCCUCAUACUUUGCCAAGAUGCUGCUGAGCGACAACAGAAGACAAUCCUCUUCCUCGACGGUUCAGAGUUACAUGCAACAGUUACUGAAGCCCCUCUACGGGAACUUAGAUUGGAACACCGUACUUAAAUCAGGCGUACACAUCUCAAGAGGAAUGAGUGAGAGUGAACUCGAUGUUACAUCACUGGCGUAUUACUACGGCAACAGCCACUACAUUUCCCAAACGACCACAAUUUUCAAAGACUAUGUCAACGAUCCCACAUUAAACACAGUUCACCCAAACCUGAGGGCAGCUGUUUACUGUAGCGGCAUCCGUUACGGCGGCCAAUCAGAGUGGGACUUUGCAUGGCAUUUGGUGCAAACAACCGAAGACCGACGGGAGCGAUCGCGGUGGAUUAGCGCCCUCACGUGCUCACGGAACACAUUACUUUUAAAAAGGUAAGUAUUCCUUAACUGUAGUGCUACGACGUUUAGUGCCAAAGAUACAGAGCUGAUCCUAGUGGGACUGGCCGAGAAUCCAGAUGGGUACGCGGUUGCAUGGGACUUCUUGCGCAACAACUGGGAGGAAGUUUACACGAUGUACACGGAAAACCAGUUGCUGCGUCUGGUCGAUGCGUUUGAGGAGAUCACGUCUCACUUCAACACUCGCGAGAGACUACGAGAGUUGUUGGACUUCGGCCAGAGUCGCCAUCUUGGUCAUUUGAAAUAUGCAAAUGAAGCUGCAGUGACGUCGACAAGGGUCAACAUUCGAUGGAUGAGCAACAGCGCUGACCAAACGGAGCAAUGGAUAAGGUCACUUGUAAUUAAGCAAAAAGCUCAGAAACUCAAGAUGGCGAAAGAUGAGUUCAGCCUCGAAGGUGGUUCAGGCGAGAAGCCGCCCGGCCGCAAGGGUAACGGGAUGUACUGUAGCCCUGCCAUGAUUGCGUUCACCAUCCUGACAGUAUGCGUGCUGAUCGCUGCCACAGCCCUGCUGGUAUUCUACAUUCCCGAUCGCACCGUGGUCGUCGACGCGGCUACCAAGGCCCCUCAGGUCGGCAAGACGACUGUAGCGGCUGUCAAAACCCCCGAGCCUGCUAACCCAACCAUGGAGCCCGUCAACCCAACCAUGGAGCCAGUCAACCCAACCAUGGAGCCAGUCAGGCCGACCACCGUGGCGCCGUCAGACCUCAUGAAGGGUCGGCUACCCACGUCGGUCCUACCGAGACGAUACGAGCUCAAUCUCCGCCCGUUCCUGUACGACGAUGACGUUCCGGACUCAAAGCUCGGACAGAGAUUCACUUUUGACGGCUGGGUCCGGAUAAAAGUGCAGUGCAUGGAAGCGACGGAUGAGAUCACCCUACACGCCAAGCACAUCACCAUUCACGGUAUGCCGACUGUACAUAGCGUCAGUACACUGGAUAAGACUGAUAUCUUUGAGAGUCAUACGAUGGUUGAGGAGUACGCCUUCUUGGUUCUCAAGUUGAAAGAGAUGCUUCGACCACAUGAGGAGUAUGACAUCUACAUCGUGUACUCGGGUAUCCUCGGAGAUGACGAAGCAGGAUUCUACCCGAGCAUGUACAUGGAUUCAAUGAACAACACAAGAUACAUCGCAACUACCCAGAUGGAAGGACCUUACGCCCGCCGCGUCCUUCCUUGCUUCGACGAGCCUACGUUCAAGGCAUCCUACGACGUACAACUAGAACAUCGUACGGACAUGAGCGCCUUAUCUAAUGGCAUUGAUAUACGACGUAUACAGUUGGACAGCCAUUGGUCUAGGACUUACUUCAAGAGGGUGCCUUCAAUGCCGACGUAUCUUCUGGCUUUCAUAGUUAAUGACUACGACCAUAUCGACGUGGUGAACCCUAACGGUUGUCUGAUUCGUAUUUGGACCGAGAAAGAUCUGAUUGGCCUUGCUCCGUACGCCCUCAACGUCUCAGAUUUAGUUCAGACGUAUUUAGAUGAGUAUAUGGACAACGAGUUUCCAUUGGAUAAACAAGAUCAUAUAGCUAUACAGGAUUUCGGGGCCGGUGCCAUGGAGAACUGGGGUCUCAUCACCUACCAGGAUAUCUAUCUUCUGUACGGCAUGGAGGACUUUGGUGACAACACAUUCUACUCGGAGAUUAUCACCCACGAAUUAGCUCACAUGUGGUUUGGUAACCUAGUAACGAUGGAGUGGUGGGACGACUUGUGGCUUAACGAAGGGUUUGCAACCUACUUUGAGCACAUCGGUGUUGACUUCGUACACCCAGAAUUCAACAAGUUCGAAAGAUACUAUAUCGACACUGUGAACGUGGCGCUGUUUUACGACAGUCUGGGUACCUACCCGUCCAUCAGAGCACCAGUCUAUGCUACAGAUGAAGACAUAGGCAAUCAAUUUACUCGCAUUACGUAUCAAAAGGGAGGAUCUAUCAUUUGGAUGAUGGAGCAUUUCUUGACCCUCGAAGUCUUCAACCUAGGCAUACAAAACUACCUCAAGGAGCGGGCCUACAACAACGCCAAUGCAGAACAUCUAUGGCACGAACUAACCUACGCCGAUAAAGACGUCGGGAAACACGACGUGAAGAAAAUCAUGGACACUUGGACCCUUCAACUCGGAUACCCGUUGAUUACUCUGACAAGAACCGGACAAGACGUUGUGGCAACACAGAAGUUGUUCCUGCAAGUCAACAGAACUGCUCAAGAUGAGGAGUUCGGCAACCUCGGGUAUCGCUGGUACGUUCCAUUGACCUACGUCUAUAAAUCUGGACCAGCUGAUCAGUAUGAAAAACCAGAGAAAGUAUGGAUGGAACCAGAGGACUAUUCGUAUUUUACUCUACCGGACGAGGCUGCCUCUGAUGACUGGUACCUUGCCAACGCCAAGAUGGUUGGUCUCUAUCGAGUCAAUUACGAAGACGACAACUGGCAACGUCUCCUGGACCAAGCCGCUACCGAUCCAAGUGUGUUCAUUGAAGAGAAUCGAGUCGGUCUCAUCUACGACACGUUUUACUUGGCGCAAGCUGAAGUAAUCCCAAACUCCGUCUAUCUGAACUUCUCCGCGUUGCUUGAGCCGUCUUCCAACUCGACUCGAAGGGCUGUAGUUGCAACAUCCUCAUAUAUCGCCAAGAUGCUGCUGAGCGAUGACAUAAGACGAUCCGUCUCUUCAGUUCAGACUUACAUGCAGCGAUUGGUGGAGCCCUUGUACGCCGAGUCUGGGUGGGAUGCUACCUUUAUACCAGACGUACAAGCUGCAAGCGGACGUCAAGGAAAGAAGAGUAGAAUCGAUGUGACGUCAAUGGCAUGUUUCUAUGGCAACAUCCACUGUGUUUCCAAGGCAACAGAGAUGUUCGAAGAUUUUGUGAACAAUCCGACAUCGAACCUAAUUCCCCUGAACCAGAGGUCAGUUGUGUACUGUAGCGGCAUUCGUUUCGGUGGCCAAUCUGAGUGGGACUUUGCGUGGAACAUGAUGCAAACAACCAAUGACCGACGGGAGCGAUCUCGAUGGGUAAGCGCCCUCACGUGCUCGAGGGACGCUUCACUUUUAAAAAGCUAUUUGCCCUUGGUGUUGGAUGCAACCGUCUUCAAUCGUAAGGAUGCGGAAGUUAUCUUGAUGGGUGUGGCCGAGAAUCCAGCUGGAUACGGGGUGGCCUGGGAUUUCAUCCGCAGCGAGUGGGGAGCAAUCACCGCCAUGUUCAAGAGAAACCGUCAGCAGAACCUCGCUGACAUUUUUGAAGAGAUGACGUCAUUCUUCAAUACCCCACAGAGACUGCAGGAAUUGUUGGAGUUCGGCAACGACCGUCACUUCGGCGGCAUGCAGACGGUCUACGAGUCAGCCAUCACCACAACUGAGGUGAACAUACGGUGGAUGACAAACAGUGCAGAGCAGACCAAGCAAUGGAUCGACUCGCGCGUUUAUAAACAAUGGUAAUAUCGGAUACAGGUUUCCAUUAGCACCUCGUUUUUAUUUUAACAAGGAGAGCAACACAUCUUAAGCCCCUUUCACACGACGGCAGUUUAGCAAGGGUCCCUUGCUUAAUUUUAGCUUGGUUGCAAAAUUGCACCUCGGGUGAAAGGACAAUGUAUAUAUACUGUUCAUCAUAAGAGAGUGCAAAAGUUGAGGUUUCACUCUGGGACCUCGGACAGUUCAAACCUAGUUGCCCUUUUACACAAAGUGUUAUUUGUAAAAAGUCUACAACAAAGCUCAAAUUAAGCAUGGGACCCCUGGUAAAAUGAUGUCGUGUAAAUAGGGCAUUAAAAGGGAAAGAAGCAGGUUUUAAACAACAUUACUAAAAUGUUGUUAUUAUUAGUCUUAUAGGACGGAAAUAUCUACCAUUAUUAGGAAACAUUUUAGGCCGACUUUUAUUAUUAUUCUUUUUUAAUUUUGAGACCAUUAGUGACACGCGAAGGUUUAAAAUCAGCUGUGGUGCACCCAGCAGCCACUGCCAGAAACACCCGGUCAAUCUUCCUUCUCUUUAAGGUAUGACUGGUUCCAUCAUAGUCUAAACUAUAACAAAAAUAAAUCCCACUGAUGUAGAAAAUCCAUUUCUACGGACUUGUACAGUUUUCUUUGCUUUUUUACCCAGUAUUAAUCCGAAGGUAACAUUAUGGUUUUUAACGUCAUGGUAAAUUAAUUUAAUGUUUAAUACAAUUUUGUAUUUAUGGUAGAUUAAAAAUGAAUGUUUAUGGAAUGAUUAUGUAGAAUAAUGAGAGGAAAGAAUCGCUGUUUAUGAUCUUUCUUAGGAUCGUUACUAAUUGAGAAGAAAACCAAAAAUUAAACCAAAUGAUAAAAGACAAAAAGGGCGAUUUUUGUUCUGUUUUUAUUGUGCGCCACAAUCGUGUCUUUCGUACAUAAAAUAGAUUUGUGCAGAUCUAAGCCCGAUGUUAAAGACACCAGACACUAUUGGUAAUUGUGAAAGACCAGUCUUGACACUUGGUGUAUUUCAACAUAACAUGCACUCAAUUACAAACCUGUAAAACUAGAACCUAUUGGUAUUCAAAGUUGCGAGUUAAUAAUGGAAGGAAAAGUGAACUGUCUUUCAGAUGCUUGAUUUCA